AUGGAAAGGUACUCGGGGAUGCAUCGUGCAUUCUGCAUAAGAGUGUAUUAUCGCAACGGUGAUUCAAUAAUGACUGCUUAACGUCUGUAUCGUGCGGAGUUCGUACACGCCACGCCAAGUGACGAUAGCAUUAGGAAAUGGAUAAGGAUGUUCGAGAAUACAGCUCCACCUCUGGUUGUCAGUUUGCACUCCAAGCUAGCACUAGAUGAGAUUGGCAUCAAUAUACUUGCUUUGCAAAGAGGUACAUGGCCGCCUUACCAUGCCGAUAUUGGGUAUUUGAGAAAAAACUUCUUGAUCACCGGGUUAGAACCGGCCAACCACUGA